AUGGACGCACUUGAGCAUUUCUCAUUGGUGUCGAAAGUAUGUGGAGAAUUGGAAAACCAUUUUGGAUUGGCAGACAAAGAUGUGGCUGAAUUUGUUAUCGACUUGGCGAAAUCGAACAAAACUUUCGAUAAAUUCAAAAAAGCGCUGGAAACAGAAGGACUUGCUGAUCAAUUUGAUGAUUCUCUGACUGCUACGAUUUUGAGAAUAGUUCAGCAUAUGACAAAGUCGGCUACCAAGAAGAAAACUAGUUCCAAAGAAAAUACUGAAACUCAUAAAAUCACAUUGAUUUCUGAUGCGAAAGAAGAAAUCAAAGUAAGUUUUUGCUUUUUUUAUACAUCAUUUUAUAAAAUGUUUAAAAUUCAGGCUCGACUACCUGCGCUUGCUAUGGCGAAUACUUCUAAAGUUGAAGAUGAACCAGAAGAAAAAGCAGACGGUCUCGAUUUGUUCGCACAGUUGGAGAAAAUGGAGAAAAAGUAUGAUGAAGCUGAAAAAUCUUCGAAAAGAAAAAGAUCAAGGAGUCGUUCAGCCGAAAGGAGGAAUCAUUCGAGAGACAACGACAGAAGAGAUCGAGAAGAUCGCAGAAAACGAUCGAGAAGCCGAGAAAGACGUAGAAGGUCCAGAUCAAGAUCUAGAAGUAGAGAUAACAGAGAUCGAAGAAGUAAUAAUUACGACAGAAAAGAUCGAGACAGACGAGAUCAUGGGAGAGAGUAAGUAAUUUUAAAAUAUUGUAUUCUUAUAAUUUUAUUCUUGUUUCAGAAGAGAUUCAAGCACAGCUCAAACUGUUGAAAUUGGAAAAAUAUAUAAUGGUCGUGUAAAUAGUAUUCAAUCUUUCGGUGCUUUUAUUCAACUCGAAGGUCUUCGACAAAAAACUGAAGGUCUUUGUCAUAUUUCACAACUUCGAAAUGAACGAGUUCAAGCUGUUGCGGAUGUUUUGAAACGAGGGGAAAAGGUUAAAGUGAAAGUCAUUAAAAUGGAUGGAAAUAAAUUGUCAUUAUCAUUGAAAGAAGUUGAUCAAGAAACUGGAGAAGAUUUGAAUCCAAAAGAAGCAGAACUUCGACCUGAUGCAAUUGGUGUUAGAGAAAGAAGUCCAGAUGCUCGAAGGUCAUCUUGGAUGAAUCCCGAAGGUGAACAAAGUUCAUCAAUGGCCACAACAAGCACAGGAAAAACUAGAGUUCGAAUAUCAACUCCAGAAAGAUGGGAACUUCGACAAAUGCAAGGAGCUGGUGUUUUAUCAGCAACUGAUUUACCAGAUUUCGAUGAAGAAAUGGGUGUGCUUAAAAACUUUGAUGAAGAAAGCGAUGGUGAAGAUAUUGAAAUUGAAUUAGUUGAAGAUGAACCAGACUUUUUACGAGGUUAUGGUAAAGGAGGUGGAGAAAUUGAGCCGGUUAAAGUUGUCAAAAAUCCUGAUGGAAGUUUGGCACAAGCAGCUCUUAUGCAAGGAGCACUUUCGAAAGAACGCAAAGAGGCAAAAAUUCAAGCGCAUCGUGAAAAAGAUCAAGAAACUCAAAAAGCUGGAUUUAGUUCAAAUGCACGAAUUCAUGAUCCAAUGGCAGCUGAUAGUUCUCAAACAUGGACAAUUGAUGAGACAAGAGAAAGAAAACGAGAUAGGGUAAGUUAGAUAUUUAGAACUUGCGAAAAUCGGAAUCAAUUUGAAAAUAAAAAUAAUUUACAGGAUAUGCCAGAAUGGUUGAGACAUGUGACUGCUGGAGGAAAAGCGACAUAUGGAAGACGCACAAAUUUGAGUAUGAUUGAACAACGAGAAAGUUUGCCGAUUUUUGCGUUGAAGAAAACUUUGAUGAAAGCGAUUAUGGAUAAUCAAAUUCUUGUUGUUGUUGGUGAAACUGGAUCUGGUAAAACUACUCAAAUGACUCAAUAUGCGAUGGAAGCUGGAUUAGGAAGACGUGGAAAAAUUGGAUGUACUCAGCCAAGGUAUUGUAUUUUUUGAGGGAAAAAUUAAGAAUCCCAAAAAAUAUAAAUUUUUAUUAACGAAAUGUGUCUUGAAGUGGAGGAUCAUUUUUAUCCAUAAAAUAGGACUAUAUUUGAAAAUCGUGAAUUCGUAGUGACUCCGAAACCACGAUUUAUCAUUUUUAUCCAUAAAAUAGGACUAUAUUUGAAAAUCGCGAAUUCGUAGUGACUCCGAAACCACGAUUUAUCAUUUUUAUCCAUAAAAAAUAAAAAAAAAUGGCUCAAUUUGAAAAUCGUGAAUUCGUAGUGACUUCUUUUUAGAUUUGUUUGUUUCUUGUAAUUCUAAAAAUACAGAAAAGUUUUGUUUUCAAAAUAAUAAUCAAAAUGUUAUUUCAGACGUGUCGCUGCAAUGUCAGUUGCAAAACGUGUCGCUGAAGAAUAUGGUUGUAAACUCGGAACAGAUGUUGGUUAUACAAUUCGUUUCGAAGAUUGUACAAGUCAAGACACUGUUAUCAAAUAUAUGACUGAUGGUAUGCUUUUACGUGAAUGUCUUAUCGAUCCAGAUUUAUCGGGAUAUUCGUUGAUUAUGUUGGAUGAAGCUCACGAACGUACAAUUCAUACCGAUGUUUUGUUCGGAUUAUUGAAAGCUGCGGCGAGAAAACGACCAGAAUUGAAGCUUAUUAUUACUAGUGCCACUUUGGAUUCAGUGAAAUUUGCCGAAUAUUUCUUGGAAGCACCGAUCUUCACAAUUCCUGGAAGAACCUUCCCUGUCGAAAUUUUGUACACAAAAGAACCGGAAUCGGAUUAUUUGGAGGCUGCUCAUAUUACAGUUAUGCAAAUUCAUUUGACCGAACCACCAGGAGAUAUUCUUGUAUUUUUAACUGGUCAAGAAGAAAUUGAUACAUCUUGUGAAGUGCUUUACGAACGAAUGAAAUCACUUGGUCCAGAUGUUCCUGAACUUAUAAUUCUUCCGGUUUAUGGUGCACUUCCAAGUGAAAUGCAGACAAGAAUUUUUGAGCCAGCGCCACCUGGAAAACGAAAAGUUGUAAUUGCUACAAAUAUUGCUGAAACAUCGUUGACUAUCGAUGGAAUUUUUUAUGUUGUUGAUCCUGGAUUUGUAAAACAGAAAAUAUAUAAUCCAAAAAGUGGAAUGGAUUCUCUAGUUGUGACUCCGAUUUCUCAAGCAGCUGCACAACAAAGAAGUGGUCGAGCGGGAAGAACUGGACCUGGAAAAUGUUAUCGAUUAUAUACUGAAAGAGCAUUCAGAGAUGAAAUGUUGAAAACUCCAGUUCCAGAAAUUCAACGAACUAAUCUUGCUUCAACUUUGCUUCAACUCAAAGCAAUGGGAAUUAAUAAUCUGAUUGAUUUUGAUUUCAUGGAUGCUCCUCCACUUGAUUCAAUGAUUACUGCACUAAAUACACUUCACACUUUAUCUGCAUUAGAUAAUGAUGGAUUAUUGACAAGACUUGGAAGAAGGGUAUGUUAUUUUAAAUGGUUAAAAAGAAUUCAAAAUUUAUUUUGUUUAGAUGGCCGAAUUUCCAUUGGAACCUUCUCUUGCCAAACUUCUUAUUAUGUCAGUCGAUUUGGGAUGUUCUGAUGAAGUUUUGACGAUUGUUGCAAUGCUCAAUGUUCAGAAUAUCUUCUAUAGACCAAAAGAAAAACAAGAGAUGGCCGAUCAGAAAAAAGCGAAAUUCCAUCAACCAGAAGGCGAUCAUUUGACAUUGUUGGCUGUUUAUAAUUCGUGGAAACACCAUCAUUUCUCGCAACCAUGGUGUUUUGAGAAUUUUAUUCAAGUUCGAAGUAUGAAACGAGCACAAGAUAUUCGAAAACAAUUGUUGGGAAUUAUGGAUCGACACAAAUUGAAUAUGGUCAGUUGUGGAAGAGAUGUUGCGAGAGUGCAAAAGGCGAUUUGUUCUGGAUUCUUCAGAAAUGCGGCCAAACGGGAUCCACAGGUUAGUUUUUGAAGUUUUGAAAAAAAUUUGGAUGUGAUCUGGAGACCACGCUUUAUAGUUGAAAAGUAGCCAAGCCUAGAAUACCUAGUUGUCAAUUGUGAAGGAUUAGCACCUAGAGAUCCUUCUUUUCAAGUAUCUGCGCCUAGAGAGCUCAAUUGUCUCCGCCUAGAAUUUGGUUUGUUUCAAUGUUGUUCUUGGCUCACAACGAGUUGAACUAAGUUUUUCCCGGGCCUUCUAUCAUCAUGAACUUCAAUUUAAUUUUUUUCAAUCAAAUAAUUUUUAGGAAGGCUAUCGUACUCUUGUUGACGGUCAAAAUGUGUAUAUUCACCCAUCUUCGGCAGUUUUUCAACAUCAACCAGAAUGGGUUGUUUAUCACGAAUUGGUAAUGACAACAAAAGAAUAUAUGAGAGAAAUCACUGCAAUCGAUCCAAAAUGGCUUGUCGAAUAUGCUCCAUCAUUUUUCAAAGUUGGAGAUUCGACAAAACUCUCAACAUUCAAACGAAAUCAAAAGAUCGAUCCACUUUUCGACAAAUAUGCUGUUGCAAAUUCGUGGCGUAUUACUCAUGUCAAAAAACGAAUAUACAACCCAAACAAAUAA